UAAAUUCUCAGGCAAGUCCAGCCUCAAGCCUUCUUUUUGCUGGUCUUCUUCAACCUCGAACCGCCGACCGCAGCCCAUCUCCCUCUCUAAAGAGGCUGUCCAUACAGGUUGGCUUCCUUACUAGAACGUACACCGGAAAUCCUGCAGUGUAGACUUCUAGGGGAGAGUAAUACCACAAUGGCCGACUCUUCACUUCAGGACCGCUUACGCGAGCACGCGAAGGCAUUUGAUGGCCUUUUAUCCCUUAUUCCGGCCAAAAUGUAUUACGGAGAGGACAAUUCGGAUCAAUGGAAUCGCAAGAAGCAGACCAAGGCAGAAGCCAAGGCUGCCCGCAUGAGCAAGCUGGACCCCGACAGUGACCUCAACCGGAGUGCCAAAGAGGUUAUGGAAGAGCGGGCAAAGAACAAGAGGAAGUUGCAGGAAAUCCAGCGGGCAGAGAAGGAAGAUGUCAACGACAAUGACAAUGGUGACGAAGUGAUCCCUGGCGUAACAAAGGAGGUCCCUGGGGAAGGCCUGAGGAGAAAGGUUGAGGGGCCUCAUAAGAAACAGAAGCUCGGCCAGGAUGGUGACGAGGAUCGAGAGCUGGAACCCCUCGCCAACGUCCCAGACGACAACCCCGCCGACAUGACACAGGAGGAGCUGAUGAGGGCUGCGAACCGGGACGGUAGGAAGGCGGAGCGCAAGGCGAAACAGGCAAGGAAGGCAGAGAAGAAAGCCCAGAAGAAGGCGGCUAAAGCAGCAGCGGCAGCAGCCAACAAGACAGGUGAAAAGGGAGACGAAACGGGAGACAAGGCCUCUAAUGGGAAGCCGGCUCAGUCGAAGAAGCAAUCCGGGAAUACGAAGGCGACAAACACGGAGAAAAAGGCCGAGGAUGAAGAUGCUGAUGACGGUUACGAAACGGUAUCGGGCGAGUCUGAUGCCGAAGAAGCCGACGCCGGAGACGCGAAAAAGACUGCCACCACUGGCGCCACGUCGACGAAAUCUCCCGCGCCUGCGUCUGCUCCAACGGAAGCGGAGCCGAAACCCGCCGAUUCGAUCGAUUCCAGCCCUAGAUCAGCAUCCCAAUCGCCUGUUUUCGACGGCAAUGACAACACAACAGCGCAUCAAGCCGCAUCCUCCACCGGUAACGAGGCGGCAAGUACCACGACAUCAAUCAACUCUACCGUACCACCGUCGGAAAAGCCUAAGCAGAUCAAGAUCCCACAAGACACUUCAGCCCUCAAAGCCCGCUUGGCUGCGCGCAUUGCCGAACUGCAAGCGGCCAGGAAGGCCAUCGGCCCAGAUGGCAAGCCGAUCCGCACGAGACAGGAGCUGAUCGAGGCGCAGCGGGCGAGACAAGAGCAGCGGAAAGCGCACAAGAGAGAGCUGCGCCGACAGGCGAAACUCGAGGAGGAGCGGAAACGCGACGAAGCCCUUGCCUCCAACUCGCCCAGCAUCAUGUCGCCCGCGCUUGACCACCUCCUCGCCGACGAGGACGACGACGAGGGCGGGCCGACCGACUACGCCUUCGGACGGGUCGUCUUCAACGACGACACGCGGCUGUCGCGCGACCUCACGUACGAGCUACAGCAGAAGAAGAAGAAAGGACCGUCGGACCCCAAGACGGCGCUCAGCAAGCUGCAAAACCAGAAGAAGCGGACGGCGGCCCUGGACGAGGUCAAGCAGAAUGACAUCGCCGAGAAGGAGGCGUGGUUGAUCGCGCGGCGGCGAGCCGAGGGAGAGCGCAUCCGUGAUGACGAGGCACUGCUCAAGAAGGCCGUCAAGCGCAAGGAGAAGCAGAAGAAGAAGACCGAACGGGAGUGGAAGGAGCGGUCCGAGGGCGUCCAGCGGGCCGUCCGGGAGAAACAGAAGAAGCGCGACGAGAACCUUAAGAAGCGUCGUGAAGACAAGAAGCUGGGCCGGGCUGGCCGCAAGGCUGUCGCUGCUGCGUCGGGCAAGAAGAAAGGACGGCCCGGGUUCGAGGGAGGCGGUCUUGGUAUGGGCGGUGGCGGUGGGCGGAAGAAGAAAUAAGUGGGAUGACGGUAACGCGACCGAGAGCUCGGCUUAUGGAAAACUGUAACUGACGAUGCUUCUUUUUUUCAUUUCCACGGCGUUGCGGCGUGUGGAACCAUGACUUGAGGAUGGGCAGGCAGGUAGUCCAGAAUAUCACAUCCACGCAAAUAGCACUAUGGUGGUUCCUAUCAAUCAAGUCAUCACCCCCCGUCAAUCUCUUCACUUGGCUUAAGAUUCACUAUUCAUUCCAUGGGCCGGCCUCUUUCCAUUCCUUUUCACAUCAAUCGACGAGUGAAGAUUGUUUCAAAAUGAACAAGAAGAUAGGCAACGUUCUCGCGUACC